UUAAGCUUAAAUGUAGUUUCACUGAAAUUGUUAUUAAUUAUCUAAUAAAUACAGACAAUCAAGGAAAUUUUUCCAUUUUUUUAUUGUUUUUUGAGUGAUAAUAAAAAAUAUAUAAAAGAUGCCGCGUAUUAUGAUAAAAGGUGGUGUUUGGCGUAAUACUGAGGAUGAGAUUUUGAAAGCUGCUGUUAUGAAAUAUGGCAAAAAUCAAUGGAGCCGAAUAGCAUCCCUUUUACACAGAAAGUCUGCUAAACAAUGUAAAGCACGUUGGUUUGAAUGGUUAGAUCCAAGCAUCAAGAAAACAGAAUGGAGUAGAGAAGAAGAUGAGAAACUUCUUCACCUUGCAAAAUUGAUGCCUACACAAUGGAGAACAAUUGCUCCAAUUAUAGGACGUACAGCUGCGCAAUGCUUAGAACGUUAUGAAUAUUUACUGGAUCAAGCUCAAAAAAAAGAAGAGGGAGAUGAUGCUGCAGAUGAUCCUCGCAAAUUAAAACCAGGAGAAAUUGAUCCUAAUCCUGAAACAAAACCAGCCAGGCCUGAUCCUAAAGAUAUGGAUGAAGAUGAGUUGGAAAUGUUGUCUGAGGCACGUGCCAGGCUUGCAAAUACACAGGGUAAAAAGGCAAAACGUAAAGCUAGAGAAAAACAGUUGGAAGAAGCUCGUAGACUUGCUGCUCUCCAAAAACGUAGAGAGUUGAGAGCUGCUGGUAUUACUGUAUCACAAAAAAAUAAACGUAAACGUGGAGUUAAUUACAAUUCUGAAAUUCCAUUUGAAAAGCGACCAGCACCUGGAUUUUAUGAUACAUCUAAUGAGCAUGUAGAUCCACUUGCCAUUGAUUUUUCAAAAAUGAGGCAACAACAUUUAGAUGGAGAAUUAAGACAAGAAAAAGAAGAAAUGGAACGUAGAAAAGACAAACAAAAAUUAAAACAACGUAAAGAAAAUGAUAUCCCAAUGGGAAUGUUAAAUAAUGAAGAGCCAAUAAAAAAAAGAAGUAAACUUGUUUUACCCGAGCCACAGAUAUCUGAUCAAGAAUUACAACAAGUAGUGAAACUUGGUCGAGCAUCAGAGGUUGCUCGUGAAGUUGCAACAGAAAGUGGUAUCACAUUAUCAGAUAGUUUAUUAGCUGAUUAUUCUUUACCCACCAAUGCAGCUGUAACUCCACGUACUCCAGCUGCUGCAGAUAGGAUUCUGCAAGAAGCUCAAAAUGUUAUGGCUCUUACUCAUGUUGAUACUCCUUUAAAAGGUGGACUAAAUACUCCACUAAAUAAUUCUGAUUUCACUGGCGUCGUGCCUUCUACGAAUGCUGUGGCAACUCCAAAUACAAUUCUGGCUACACCAUUUCGUUCGCAACGUAGCGAUGGUACACCAGUUAAUUCAUUUAGUACACCAGCAUCUACACGAACACAAAACGGAGUUCUAGCAGCUACACCGGUUCGCGAUAAACUCAGUAUUAACCCAGAUGAAAAUAUGGAUGGAUCGGAAACUCCGCUACUUCAAAAACAAGUAAAAGAACAAUUACGUGCCGGAUUGAAUGCGCUUCCAAUACCACGCAAUGAUUAUGAAAUAGUAGUUCCUGAAGGAGAAACAAAAGAUGAAGAUAUUACUUCAACCACAACGGAAAUUGUAGAGGAUCAAGCCGAUAUAGAUGCUAGACAACAGCAAGAAUUAGUAGAACAAAAAAAAAAGGAAUUAUCUAGGAGAUCACAAGUUAUACAACGAGAUUUACCACGACCAGUUGAUGUAAAUAUGAAUAUUUUAAGGCCAUUUAUGGAUACUCCAUUAACAGAUUUGCAAAGGGCAGAAGAACUAAUUAAAAGAGAAAUGAUCACAAUGCUUCAAUAUGAUUCUCUACAAAAUCCAGUACAACAAAAUCGUAAAGGUUCCUCAAAUUCAGUAGCUCAAGCACAAUCUUACUUAGAACAACAUCCAUAUGUCAAUUUUGAAAAAGAAGAGCUUGCUGCUGCCAAGAAACUUUUAGUUGACGAAAUGGGAGUAGUAAAAGAAGGUAUGGCACAUGGAGAAUUAAGUUUGGAUUCCUAUACAACUGUAUGGGAAGAAUGUUUAUCCCAGAUAUUAUAUCUGGAAACGCAAAAACGGUACACGCGAGCAACGUUAGCUUCCAAAAAAGAUAGGGUAGAAGCAUGCGAAAGAAAAUUAGAAGAAAAUCGUAUGCAUAUGACUGGAGAAGCUAAACGAGCAGCGAGGAUGGAAAAAAAAUUAAAAGUUCUUACUGGAGGUUACCAAACUAGAGCACAAGUGUUAACAAAACAAUUGCAUGAUUUAUGGGAACAAAUAGAACAAGCACAUUUAGAACUUUCAACGUUCAAAUUUUUACAAACACAAGAAGAAGCAGCUGUACCGAGACGAGUGAAUGCACUCAUGGAAGACGUUAACAGACAAACAGAUCGAGAACGCGUAUUGCAAGUGCGGUAUGCACAGUUACAAGAUCAAUUGCAACAAUGUUAAAUAUUUUCCAAAUGACUUAUUGUAAUAUAUUAUACCUCAAAUAUUGUACACGUUUUGUGAAAUAUAAAAAAUUAAUUUCUAUACAAAUUCACUAAAAGAGUAAUUCAAGCAAAUAAAAAUUUUCGAAGAUCUCAAUUUUUUAUAAUA